AUGCUCUCCACACCUCAGCCCUACCCUACCGUUGCCAACAACGCUCCCGCUCCUGACGAUGCACAGAUCGAGUCGAGGAUGCCCACCGUCUGCGUCGACUACCUCAGUCAUCAGUGGACCGACGAAGACGUAUGGAGCAGUUGGAAGGCCAUGACAAAGCAAAAGAAUCAGAUCGCCAAUGGUGUCAGGCUCGAAAACGCAAGUUGGCGUACAUGGGCAAAGCAGCGCGGUAACCUCAAAACCAUCAGCCCAGAAACUCUUAAUUGGCUCAAAGACAGUGAUGUUACAUGGCUCUAUGGUCCUCUCCACGAGCACGUCGAAUCAGUACCUCCACCCAAGCUCGCAACAACCGCAGACCGUUUGAACUUGGAUGACGGUCACCGAGUUCGCUCCAUUCUCAAGCACCGCACCAUAUCCGACAUGCUCACUACACCCGGAAGUGCAGCCUCGCCCAACAUCGAGCUCGAAACCAACCCUAUCGAUGAUCACAUGGCCGAGCAGGACCGCAAAGCAGAAGAGCAGAAGCGCAAGCCUCUCUUUACCGUCAAGUCCGAUUCCAACCUUGUCGCUAAGGCUCCCAAGCGUACCGGCGGCUCUCCUAACGCUUUGCCCCUCGUAUCAGCCCAAAAGAAGAAUUCGCCCAGCAUCGGGCGCACCGACAGCGCAGCUUCUGACGAAAAGAGACACAUCAGCUUCAACCACCGCGUCGAGCAGUGCAUCGCAUUGGAUCACCAAUAUCCCAACUACGAUGACUACGAAGAGGACGAGUUUGAAGAAGAGGACGAUCCUAGCAGCGAGGAGGAGGAAGUGCUUACAAUGAAGUCAAGCCCAAGAACGUCGCCUGCCAUUUCCCAUGCUUCAUCCUCAUCAAAGCACUUGGAUCACCAGGCCACUAUUGCCAAGUUGGCUCCUACCCGUUUGAAGACUUCCGAGAUCUUCCCUUCACCCUCACCUGCUGUGGUCGACCCGACUGGCUUCCUUGCUACGCGUGUCAACAAUGGCAGCACUGUCUCCACAUAUCCUAUUCAGUACGGAUACGCGCCAGCUGGCGUUCCACCCGUACACGGCGACCCCACGGCACGCGGUGUCCAGUGGGACUUGGAAGAUGACUUCAACGGUGAUUUCGAUUACUUUGACGGACCAGAUCUUACCGACGGCGCAGGCGACCAUCUUAACUCGAAUGGGCCGGUUUUUAACACAGGCGACGCUGCGAGCAGUCCUGACGCUUCCCGAACCUACGGAAGCUAUUUUGACCAUAGCGAGUCAGACAGGACUGACGGAUCCACAUCAUCCACGUCGCCUCAAGAUCUAGCAGCCGCAGCACCGGAACAAUCGCAGGCCAGUGUUGCACCAAGAGGCAUCCUCAAGCAUCGAAUCGUACAUCAGAAUGCUACCCAAGACUACCAGCCGCGAAGCCUAGAAGCUGAGGGUGACUAUGACCUCUUGCGAUCCUCGCAUCAGCCAGAGUCGUCUUCGUUUGCAGAGUCGUAUGAACCGGCACGCAACAGCAGCGAUGACUCGCGUGAACGCGGUCGUCCAUCGCAGAGGCUAGGUAGCUCAGCCAGUUACGAACGCGUUCAAGAAGCCGUCAGGCAAGGCAGAGGACGUACCAACAGUGGAGCUUCCUCUGCUCACUCGCCGACACACUCGACCCUCAACGGUGGCAGCAGCUAUGACAAGUGUUCGUCUUCGUCUUCGUCUUCGUCUUCGUCUACCAGUCCUGCUUCUGUCUCUGCCUCGCCGGGCACUGCACGGAGCAAUGCACGGAGUAGCGUCGGUGGCAGCGAAUCCUUUCGAACAGGCAAGGACGACCCGCGAGAUGCAGGAGAUGAUGGCCUUCGAGCUGGAGAUUCAGCAACCUACGGAGGAAAGGCGCGUUCGGUCGCCAAUCGGUCCCUGAACGACUACGACUCAGAUGGCCAAGGAUCCUACGGUUUAGCGAGUCCUCACUUGCCUGCGAGCCCGCAUCUUGACGCUAAAGACGAUCAAGGAUCCAACCGUUCUUCACAAGAUCGAGACGGAGAUCGAUACAUGUACGGCGAUGAACGAAACUAUUGGUCCGACGACAGGAAAGAAUCAAAGCACGGAGCCAAGUCACAACCUCCUAACGCAGCAGCUACAGAGUUGAGUGUAAAUGUCGAGUGCAUUCCCAGCAACGCUCGUCCAGCAUCCAAAGUCUCUGCUAGUCUUACCUCUCCGGAUGGCCCAGUGGAAGUGGGUCCCACUCCACUUAACACACCUACCUUUAUCCUUGCACGAGCCAGUGGCAAGCGUCGGUCGGGCUCAGGUUCAGGAGCAGAUAUUAGAGGUGGAGGUCCCUCUAGCCCCACUUUACCUCGUCGCACUAGUGCUACGGGAGCUUUGGUCGCCCCGCAUAAUUCGGAACCUCGUGUGCCACUAGCACAUGACUACGUCGAGGAGGAUGAGGGAGGAAUCAUUGGAAGAGCCGUAGAGAUUGUUAAUACUGCAAGGGAUCUGAUUGGUGCCUUGUUGGGGACUGGAGAUAAGGGAAGGUCGUGGAGAGAAGGUUAG